CACCAAGCAGCUAUUAAAGCAGAAGAAGAAGAGUCUGAGCGUUUGACACACGACACACGAAUCGACUACAUCUUUCCAAUAAUUGUUUUGAGACGCUACAUUUUAUAAUGAGUCGCUCUUACAACGAUGAGUUGCAGUUUUUGGAGAAGAUCGACAACACAUGUUGGCGAAUCAAAAAGGGAUUCGUUCCAAACAUGCAGGUGGAGGGAGUCUUCUACGUCAAUGAAGCCCUGGAGAAGCUAAUAUUUGAAGAGCUGAGAAACGCAUGUCGUGGUGGAGGAUUUGGUGGAUUUCUGCCGGCCAUGAAGCAGAUCGGCAAUGUGGCGGCUUUGCCGGGAAUCGUGCAUAGAUCUAUAGGCCUGCCUGAUGUUCACUCUGGAUAUGGUUUUGCGAUUGGAAACAUGGCUGCUUUCGACAUGAGUGACCCUACGUCAGUCGUCUCCCCAGGUGGUGUUGGAUUUGAUAUUAAUUGCGGCGUACGUCUGCUGAGAACCAACCUGGAUGAAGGAGAUGUGCAGCCAGUGAAGGAACAGCUGGCACAGGCUCUCUUUGACCACAUCCCUGUAGGAGUGGGGUCCAAGGGAGUCAUUCCCAUGAGCGCCAAAGACUUGGAGGAGGCACUGGAGAUGGGGAUGGACUGGUCUUUGCGGGAGGGCUAUGCCUGGGCCGAGGACAAGGAGCAUUGUGAAGAGUACGGCAGGAUGCUGCAGGCUGACCCAAACAAAGUUUCCUCCAAGGCCAAAAAGAGGGGACUGCCACAGCUUGGGACGCUGGGAGCAGGGAAUCACUACGCUGAGAUCCAGGUGGUGGAUGAGAUCUACGAUGACUAUGCAGCCAAAAAGAUGGGCAUCGACCACAAGGGCCAGGUGUGUGUGAUGAUACACAGUGGAAGCCGUGGGCUGGGACAUCAGGUGGCCACGGAUGCCUUGGUGGCCAUGGAGAAGGCGAUGAAGCGUGACAAAAUUGUGGUAAAUGACCGACAACUCGCUUGUGCCCAAAUCAGUUCUCCUGAAGGUCAAGACUACCUGAAGGGCAUGGCGGCUGCAGGCAACUAUGCCUGGGUCAACCGCUCUUCAAUGACCUUCCUUACACGCCAGGCCUUCUCCAAAGUGUUCAACACCACACCUGAUGAUUUGGACAUGCAUGUGAUCUAUGACGUGUCACAUAACAUUGCUAAAGUGGAGGAGCACAUGGUGGAUGGUAAACAGAAAACAUUGCUGGUGCACCGUAAGGGGUCAACACGGGCUUUUCCGCCACAUCACCCCCUAAUCGCCGUAGACUACCAGCUGACUGGUCAGCCUGUACUGAUUGGUGGCACAAUGGGAACCUGCAGUUAUGUGUUAACAGGCACCGAAAAGGGCAUGACCGAAACUUUUGGCACCACCUGCCAUGGCGCAGGCCGAGCGCUGUCUCGAGCUAAAUCCCGCAGGAAUCUAGACUUUCAGGACGUUUUGGACAAACUGGCUGACAUGGGUAUUGCCAUCAGAGUUGCUUCACCCAAAUUGGUCAUGGAGGAGGCCCCAGAAUCCUACAAAAAUGUAACAGAUGUGGUGAACACAUGCCAUGAUGCUGGCAUCAGCAAGAAGGCCAUCAAGCUUAGACCCAUCGCCGUGAUUAAGGGUUAAAUGUGAGCCACCAGUAAAUGGUUUAACUGAGAGAUCACGCCCUUGGGCAAAUAAACAGAACAGAUGUUUUGGGAACAGGGAUAGAGUGGUUGCUGUGGUAGUGGAUGCACAUACUUUAGAGGCAAGACGCUUGCAUACAUGUGCAUCAGGUAUGGACAGAAACCUUUUGAACGGAUUAUGAAAUGUUGAUUUUGUUUUUUUUUUCCUAAUAUCUUUGUUAUAAAAGCAUAUUUCUAAAAUUUAUUUUGGAUUUUUUUUUGUUUGAGAUGAAAUGAAAAAAGGAAUAAAAGCACUGAUGUGACCGUA